AUGGAAGGGAGCAAUGAUGAAGAAAAAUCGUUUGACGAGCAACUCUCGCAUUUGUCGGCUAAAACGUGCGAAGAAUUAUUUCCAAAUUUUAUCCCGUUGCCUUCCACUGGGUACGAGAUAUCUUUCUCGCUUUACUGCUGUGAAUAUGGGCUAAUUGAAGGCAAAUUUCGCAAAGCUGGUGGAAUACACUUCCAGAUGCAAUUUGUUGAUUUCAUCAUUGCACAAUCGGAGGAGUCCACAAAUAAUUCGAUGGACAAAAACUCGAUUGUCCAUUUCUUUGGAGAAUCUACUGAUUUGAAUUUAGAAUGGAGAUAUAUUGUGCAAAUGCGUUUUAGAGUGGCUUCUGAUGUUGAUAAUCUGGAACAAGUUGUUGAUGGGGAUUUAUUUGAAUUUGGUAGGCAUUGUCCUCCAAUUCGCCUUCAGUUAACCGAUCCACGAAUUCGAAGAAUUUGCAUAGAAUUGCGAUUUGUGGAAAAGAUGCAUGAUUUUUUGCCGAAGUUCGAUGAUGGUGACAUUUUUCUUAAAUUCAAUGACGGCAUAUUGAAAGUCCAUAAAGCUUUGCUCGCUCUUCACUCUAAUUAUAUGGCAAUGACAUUAAUUAAUGCAAAAAAAGAUGAUAUCAUCUAUAUGGAUGAGGCUAAUAUGGAAGAUUUCAAGGAAAUGCUCUAUCAGAUAUAUCCCACAACUCGACCGAUCAAUGCCAAUUUUGAGAAACUUUCAAAAGUCGCUGUUCAAUAUCAAGCUGAAGCUAUAAUAGAGAAUCUUUCGUCAUUUUUCAUCGAUAAUAAUAAAAAAUUUAUUGAACAAAAAAUCGGUGAUGCUGCCAGACUUAAUCUUCAACCGGCAAUUGAGCGAUUGGUCUACGAUGCUGAACAAGAUGGACUUUGGGCAAAGAUGAUACAUACUGGAUUUAAUCCUAAGCAAGAAUAUGGAUCGCUUAUAUACGACGAGAUAAUCUUACCUACUGUCGCUAAGGCCAGCCUUUUAUUUGAAAAGAACUUUAUCUUUUAUCUUUCGGCAAAAUUAAACCCAAUAGGUGUGCCAUUAAAGACGAAAGUUUUUGAAAAAAUAACUUUCCGAAGUAAAGCAGAAUCAGAGGAUCCAUUCAAUAUACCGCUCUUCGUUCAAGGAAUUCCAUUUUUUGUUAAUCGUGGAAUUUUGGCAAUAAACAAUGACAAGCGAUUUGGUCGUGGAAAUAACGGAGAAUUAAUCGUACAAAUAAAUAUUGACUUCGAAAAUGAAUGUAUCAAAGCUGGAAAAACACCAGUUGACGUUGUUCAUGCACUCUUAUUACACAUUUAUCCGAUGAAGGAACCAAUACCCAUUGAUAUUGUGCGCCCAAUGUUAGCACUUUCUCACUACCACGAUAUGCAUUAUGUUAUGCGGUCACUGGAACAAGUGAUUUACAGAUUUUAUUUAUUAAAAGAGCCGCCAGAAUCGUCGGAACAUUUUUUUGAGCAUUUCGAACUUGCAGAAAAAUACGAUUUAGAAAAUCUUCUAUUACGAAGCCUUUAUCGAAUAGAAAAAAGUUGUAAUUGUUUCGUUAAGAAAAUGAUCGAAUUACCUUGCUACAAAAAUUUGACGACUAAAACGAGAAAUCGUAUUUUAGAUCGAUUUUGUUCGAACUGGUCAGUUGGACGUCUAAAUCCAUCACGAUGCAUAAAUCAAUUCAUUCCGAUAAUAUUGGAUAAAGCAAAUCAAUCUUCAAGCGAAAAUGACGAGAGUUUGGCUACAUUAAGAGAAUUUAGUUCACAUAGUGUAUUUGGUGAUCCUGACGACAUCGCUAGUUCGCAUUCUUUUUCGUGA